CGCCACUCUGGCGGCACGGAGUGCACCGAGCGUCGGUGCCGAUGGACUCUCCCAAAGAAGCGCGCCCCCCUGCGCCGGGUGCGGUGCCAGGCGCUGCAGAGGCGGCCAUGGCCACUCCGGGCUCCUCAGCGAUGUUCGCUCCUCCGCCGCCGCCACCGCCGCCUCCGCAGCAGCAGCAACAACAACAACAGUCUCAGCAGCAGCAGCAGGGAGCUCCGCGUGCCACCACCAACCUCGUGGACGACUUCGAGGCGGCUUUCGAGGCUUGCUGUGCCUCCCUCGUUUCUCAAGAAUAUGUCAACAGCACGGACCAGGAUGAAAUCAGAACGGGCGUUGACCAGAGCAUACACAGGUUCCUGGACGUGGCUCGUCAAUGCGAAAGUUUUUUCCUGCAAAAGCGACUUCAGCUUUCGGUGCAGAAGCCGGAGCAAGUUAUACGAGAGGACAUCACCGACCUCAAAGCCGAACUUCAGCGCAAGGAAUCUCUCAUUCAGCGGCACCUGGGCAAGCUACGACACUGGCAGGCAGUGCUUGAGGACAUCCACGGACAACCCCGCAAGGGUCCUUCUGGAGAGGCUCCGACACAGGGGCCCCUCGCCUUCCUGGAGCAGGCGUCCGCCAACUUGCCCGCUGCGCCGUCCAAAAACUAAAAUGCGUACUCGUGCGUAGCAGCCAUUAUUGUCAAUGCAUUGCUGGAUGAAGACCUUCCAAUGCCGUGUGGGUCGUGGGGCUGAAUUUUACAAUGGUGCACCAUGCUUGUGAGUGUGGGUUGGUGAAAGGGGUCACAAGCACUCGUGAUAACCUGGGUUAUAAGAGUUGCGCCGGACUGCCCUCUGCUACCUAUAACGUAGCCCCACAUAGCUUAUAACAGCUGUUUUAUGCAUGGUGGCUGCUCCUUCAAACACCGCCCAGGCUCAAGCUUGCUUAGCUUUUGAGAUCUGACGACAUCAGGUAUGUUGCGGGCAAUUUGGUCGUAGAUACACCUAUUAACUUUCCACAAAUAAUCCAUGCGGUGCUCUCACCAGGUGUUUCACUUUUGUGUUUAGUUGUCUGACACCUCUGAUUAGCACGGUUGGUUACAUACGGUGCGACAGCCGUUUAACAUACAUACUUAUCAACGCCUCCUAAAGUGAAACUCAUUUCUGCUCUGGGCCAUGGACUAAAGUGAUUGUCUGUUUAUUCGCCCCAAAGACAUGAUUGUGAAGAAAGGAUCUUCAAACCUCAUCCACAUGAUUUAUACUAAGCCUGAGGCUGUCUCAGGAUGCCAAUAAUUUGUUGCAAAUCCUUGGGACUCGUAGACCCAGACUAAGGCAAUGCAAUUUAUUUACUAUUGUGUUAACGUCUAGUUUUGUACAAAUAAAGGUUGCUUUGAUAAAGUUG